CUCUUUGCCUGCGGAAUAGCCACCAGCCUACAAAGUGGUCUCGGAACAAGGCUGCCCUUGGUGCAAUCUCCAACAUUCGAGGUGCUUAUCCCGGCUGUAAUCCUAAACAGCCACUCUGCUCCAAACAGAACUAAUAUUGGGGUUGAUUCCCAGGGUCAGAAAAAUUGUACAGGAAAUGAAUGCGGACAGCUGCAGAGUGACAUCCAGCCAAUCAGGGAGGUUUCAGGGGCACUGCUAGUUUCAGGAGUUCUGCAAGUUCUUACAGGAAUCUCUGGGCUCUGGGGAUGGAUUCUGCAGUUUUGUGGUCCAAUGGUCAUUGCCCCGGCGUUGUCCAUCAUUGGCCUCUCCUGCUACAAGCCAGCAGCCCAGCUCUGUUCCUUCAACUGG